CUCUCUCUCCGCAGUCCUGUGAUUUCUCCUGACGCUCUGAACUUACACUGAAUGAUCAAAGUGAUCAGAUGUACCUACGACCACUUAAUUUCUCAGGAAAUCUGUGCUGAAAUCUACCUCCUGGAUUCAGUGAUGCUGCACAGGGGAUUGUGGGAAACGGUGGUUGCCAUGGUGCUAUGGGGAGUCUGGCUGCCCUCCUGUCUUGGCCAGACCACCUCACCCUCUCAGGAUGGAAAAAUAAAGAUCCGUCUGGCCGGAUACCCACGCAAGCACAAUGAAGGGAGAGUGGAAGUGUUUUACAAUGGAGAGUGGGGCACUAUCUGCGAUGAUGACUUCACCUUGACCAACGCUCAUGUUCUGUGUCGCCAUCUAGGGUUUGUGGAGGCAACAAGCUGGUCGCACGGUGCCAAGUAUGGAGCGGGCACCGGUAAAAUCUGGUUGGAUAAUGUCAUAUGUGAAGGCUCAGAAAACAGCAUUGAGAAAUGUUUGUCCCGCGGCUGGGGAAACAGUGAUUGUACUCACCAGGAGGAUGCUGGCGUGGUCUGUAAGGACGAGAGACUUCCCGGCUUCACAGACUCUAAUGUCAUUGAGAUGCAAGUGGACAAAAACCGAAUGGAAAAGCUUCGCCUGCGUCCCCUCUCAGGUGCUCAUCCCAUAACAGAGGGAUUUAUAGAGGUGAAGUUUAAGGAAGGAUGGGGUCACAUAUGCAACAAUAACUGGACCAUUAAAAACUCUCGGGUGGUGUGUGGCAUGCUGGGAUUCCCUUCACAGAAGUCUAUGACAAAGAUUCUACACAGUCCCAAGACUUUGUACAGAAUCCAAUCUGUGUCCUGCACAGGGAACGAGGCUCAUCUUUCAGCAUGCAUUAUGGAGUUCAGUAAGACAAACUCUAGCGCCCCCUGUCCCAAAGGAGGACCCGCAGCAGUCAGCUGUGUACCCGGUCCGCUUUUCACACAUGAGAAAGCACACAGGGUCAAACACAAUCCAGUGACUACUGUACGUCUGAAGGGUGGAGCAAAGACAGGGGAAGGUCGUGUGGAGGUCCUGAAGGAAAAUGAAUGGGGCACGGUUUGUGAUGACCACUGGAACCUGCAGUCGGCCAGCGUAGUGUGCAGAGAACUUGGAUUUGGCACCGCUAAAGAGGCCCUGACCGGAGCACGAAUGGGCCAAGGCAUGGGUCACAUUUACAUGAAUGAGGUUAAGUGUCAUGGGGAUGAGAAAAGCUUGUGGGAUUGUCCUCAUAACAACAUCACGACUGAAGACUGCAAACACAUGGAGGAUGCAUCUGUCGUCUGCAACAUUCCCUACAUGGGCUAUGAGAAAAAGAUCCGUCUGACAGGGGGUCGAACGAGGCUGGAGGGGAGGGUGGAGCUGCUGCUCCCUGCAGCCAGCGGAGUGAGGGAUUGGGGUCUUAUCUGUGGGGAUGGAUGGACGAAUCGUGAGGCUAUGGUAGCCUGCAGACAGCUGGGGCUGGGACACGCCAGCAGCGGCUUGAAAGAAACGUGGUACUGGGACAGCAGUAAUGUUACAGAGAUGGUGCUGAGCGGGGUAAAAUGCAAAGGAGAUGAAAUGACUUUGACCGACUGUCAGCAUCAUUCUGUAGUUAGCUGCAAAAGAGCAGGGGCACAGUUUUCUGCUGGCAUCAUUUGCUCAGACACGGCAUCAGACCUGGUCCUUCAUGCCUCAUUGGUGGAGCAGACGGUUUACAUCGAGGACCGACCCCUGCACCUGCUGUACUGCGCUGCGGAGGAGAACUGUCUCUCCAAAUCAGCUGCCAAAGCCAACUGGCCGUACGGCCAACGUCGCCUGCUUCGUUUCUCCGCCCAGAUCCACAACAUCGGCCGAGCUGACUUCCGGCCACGUCUUGGUCGCCACUCAUGGGUCUGGCAUGAAUGCCACAGGCACUAUCACAGUAUGGAUAUCUUCACCUAUUAUGACCUGCUGUCUCUAAAUGGGACCAAAGUGGCAGAGGGACAUAAAGCCAGCUUUUGUCUAGAAGACACAGCAUGCCAUACAGGCGUUUCAAAACGAUAUGAAUGUGCCAACUUUGGUGAGCAGGGCAUUACGGAGGGAUGUUGGGAUUUGUACAGACACGACAUCGACUGCCAGUGGAUUGACAUUACAGAUGUCAAACCUGGAAACUACAUAUUACAGGUCAUAAUAAAUCCUAACUUUGAGGUAGCUGAGAGCGACUUUACCAACAACGCCAUGCGGUGCAACUGCAAAUAUGAUGGAAACCGCGUCUGGUUGCACAGAUGUCAUCUCGGCGAUUCUUUUAGCGAGGAGGCCGAGAAAGAGUUUGAGCAUUAUCCCGGCCAGCUCAACAACAAGAUCUCAUAACAUUUUGUUAACGGCAAACCCAGGGAUUCCAGGAACUGCAAGAACCACAAGGAUCUGGAAUGAGACAUUUUAAUCACUUCAUGUAACAGUUGAUCUCAUUCAGAUCUGAAGCUACUGUGGUCCAAUAAGAUGAUAUUAUACAGUUUAGUUAUUAUAUUAAGUCAUAGUUGUGUUUCUGAUUCUAAUUCUGUUUUCAGAGCUGUGAUUGUGGCCUGUGCCUCUGACCAUGUGAAUUUAAGUGGUUGGUUGGCCAAGCACUUCCUCUUUUAUAAAUUGUGAAAAGUCAGCCCUUCACACAUUUGAUUUAGUGAAUUUAAAAAUAGCACGAGUUAAUGCUUUGCACACAAAUCGCAGAAUGUGCAAUUGUUGCACAGACCUAACCCCCCCCCCCCCAAAUAUUUCUGUAAAAUUUUGGAAAUAGUAAAACAUACAAAGCUACACUUAAAAUAAAACUCAAUGCCACAUGAUCUUUUCCUGAUCUAGAUUCAAAUCAAAUCAAGUAAAAUUACAGAAAUGCUAAUUCUAGUUUCAACAUGUUACCAUGUAAGCAUUCUCCUCAAAUCUGAAUAAAAGACUGAAAUCACUACACUGAGUGUUUACAUCAAAGGUGCUCAAGUCCUGUACCCAAAUAUAUACCCUUCUGCACAGUGAAUCUAUAUAAUCUUUUUAAUUUACAUGUGCUUUUGUAUUUACUGUGAAGCUGCUGCGAUACAAUACGGCAUUGUGCUAUAGAAACAAUUUUAAAUUAAACUAAGUUCAAGAGGUAGUUCACCCCAAAAUGAAAAUUGUGGCAUUUACUUACACUGCAAGGAUGUGUUCAAUUUUAACAUUGUUUUGUUUUAUGCUAAUUAACAUGUGUCAUUUUAUAUUUAAUAAAAGGAACAACAGAGGUUCCAAUAACA